UGAUCACGUGAUGUGUUAAAAGGCCAAUCACAGCGGACGGAUCGGCACCGAUCAUCAGGGCACUAAUGAUCAGUGCCCUGAUGAUCAGUGCCACCCACCAGUACCUCCCACCUGUACCCAGCAGUGCCGUCCACCUGUGCCCAUCAGUGCCACCCACCUGUGCCCAUCAGUGCCACCCACCUGUGCCCAUCAGUGCAUAGUAGUGCCACCCACCUGUGCCCAGCAGUGUCGGCCAGCGUUGCCCCCCCCUCAGGGCUGCCCAGC